AUGUCCAAGAUAUUUAAACAACAUAGCUCUGUGAUAUGCUUCUUCUGCCAGUCAAUCAUCAGCCCGAUACCUCGCAAUCCUCGGUCGUUCCGAUGUCCACACUGCGACUGCUGGAAUCGGUUCGACCCAAACGGCGAGAUCAUCUCGGACGAACCUGCGAUGCACGACGAGAAUUUGAACACGCAAUCAUUUGCCCGGAGAGCUUCUCCGCGCAAAGACCGACUGCCAAGCAUGUAUGGGAGCGCACCAUUCUGCCGGACAUGCCAGACCAACCAGAUGCUUCUAUCCAACCUUUUGUCUAACUACCUCCCACCUCCGGACCACCCUGACCACGACCAACGUGCCGCCAUGCUCCCGGAGUACCGGCGAUCAAUUGAGACACGCUACCCACCUGUCUGCACCGACUGUGCGCCAGCUGUAGAGGAGGAGAUUCGCAGACGAGACAAUAUGGCUCGUACACGUGCUCUCGGAGGGUUCCUCGGUUCCAGCAAUCCACCACGACGCCCAGUCGCCCGAACGCAACGUGACCGUGAUAGGUUCACGAGGCAAAUAACAUUCUGGAAAAUCCGGGAUGUCUAUGGAUGCUAUGCAUCGGUUGCACUCGGUUAUGCCAGAUUCCAUGUACCGGACAGCGUGAAGCAGGGCCUACCAGCACUCGCAUUAUUGUCUAUCUUUUGGACUGCAUGGGACCCGACAUAUGGGAGUCUCAAGAGAGCCGAAUUCCAGGGGCGCAUGGUGCGGCAGCGGGGCAAGAGAGAAUAUAACGUAUAUCCUGCAAUGAUAGUUUGGCUGUCCAGAUGUGGUACUUCGCUCCUCCUCGCGAUGUCCUGGUUCAAGCCCGAAUGGGGCGAACUGCAACGCUGGACUGAUCCCGAGUCGCCUCUCAGGAGCAAGUACUGUACGGUAUCCCUCGUACUCGAAUCAGUUGUCAAGCGUCCGCCGCCCGUCCGUCUGACGGAAGCGGCCUCACAAGGCAAGCAGUCGCUCGUUUCCACUGCGUCGGGCCCACAUCGCGAGCCUCUCUUCCAAACCCGUUGUUGCCCCAUCGUCCGGGCGCCCAACCCUGUCUUUGGGAUGCCGUCGUUCCGGAACAGCCCUGACAGCGGUUCCAACCACGACGCAUGGCAAGAUCCCGCCAUGGACAUGGAUGACGACGACGACGACGAUGUAGAUUCACGAAGACGAGACCCGAAUGCGAUGGACUGGUCGCCGACGAUCCCAUCCCCUCAGAAACGAAGACCUCAUGGACAGGCUCGCACCCACGAUGACGGUUCGUGGUUGCGCCCACAACGCUUGUUCUCGACUACGAUCAAGUUGUCUGACGACGACCAGGCGGCGGCCGACGCGCGCUCGGGGACACGAGACAAGAGAGGAAAUAUUGCGCAGUGGUUGAAUCCCGUUAAGCUUUGGCGGAGGUGA